AUGGCAUACGGAAAAGGGUACCGGCAGAAGAACGGGGGGCAGCCGUCGAUACGAUGGUCUGACGACGAAGAGGGAUUAUUUCACAUGGGCGAGCACAUCAGCGUCGAGGAUUUUACCCGCACACUGCGCGAUGAGGUUACUGAGGCAGAGAAGCUGCUAAAUGGGCUGUUUGGUGGGGUGUGGCAGACAGUCAGUAAGAAGAUCGAUAUGGGUCGGAUCGUCGAUAAUAUGAUACGGCUCGGGGCAGGUCAGUCAUUUGCAAGCAACCCGAAGAACAAGUGGCUGGAGGCCGGGCCGGCAAAGGUGAUGCGGCUGAUGGAAGCAUCGAUAUGGGAUGCUGCGAGGGUCCGAUGGAAGCGGCAGCGUGUUAAGAGGUGGCUUCGAGACUUGCGGCUGCUACGAGAGACGCUGCUUGUGCUUGUGCAUACAUGGGGUGGGCUUCCGGGAAGGGGACCAGAAAUUACAACAUUACGGCACUGCGAUUCGUGGCAGCUGAUCCGGAACGUGUUCAUACUAGACGGGCAAGUCAUGAUCGUGACUGAUCGUGACUGA